AUGAGGACUUUUGGCCUUUUUUUGCUGUUACUCCAUCUCGCCUCCGCCGACGACAACAGCGAUGGAAGGGGUCUGGAUUCGGACCGAACGGUAAAACAUGUCGAGAAAAACAAUGACAUUGUUGUGUCCAACAACUUGGAGACCCGUUCUCGACUCAUCCUGCUCAAUGGGAAUAUGCAUUUCCGCGCCGGGAUUCGGCGAAACAUCACGUUUGAUGUUGGUGAUGAUGGUGGUAUCUUCUUCCACAAUUUGAAUAUCUUGGAUAUUCCGAGUAGAGUAAGUGUUUAA